GUCGCGUGCGGAUCAUCAUUCGUUUUGGUCGGUACAUUUGGCUUGCCAUAUAUGCAUGCACGCUGCAUUAGGGGCAUCAUUUGUGCAGUGCAGUGCAGUACAGUGCAUGUUGACGAAGAUAGCCUACGCAAACAUUUGGCGGUUGUAUUUACACAGCCCACAAGAUAACAAUAUCGACUGAAUAGACAUCACAUCAGAUGUCCUAGAUCCAAUUGGCAGACAACCGCCUUUGCAGCAGUUUAAUAAAAAAUAAGAUCAAUGGGUUUGUUAUAUUUAUCUAAUAAGAUCUGAUAUUGGACGAAACUAAGGUAAAACCAACACCAAUAUAAAACCAAAUGAUCGCCUCUCAAUUGUCUAUACCAUUGAUAAUAGCGGGAGGUAUACGUACACACUCCGGGGCAACUCCCCAAACUCCAUUUUUCUAGAAAACCAGCACGCAAAAUAAUGCCCAAUAGAUGGUGGGUUGGGAAAAAAAACGUAUCCCGAAGCAGAUACGAAGCUAUCGUGGUCGUCGUUGGUUGUAGCGAUUCGGUAGUCUCAUAGCAAACCUACCCUACCAAAGGACGGACAUGGCCAGCAUCUCCCACUUGCGGGUCAUUGCUCGGCCCUUGCUAGUCAUUUCCACCUUCACUUUGGCUGUGAUAGUUUGGUUAAACUUAAAUGUAAGCAAUGUUACCAAUUCUAUUUUCGACUACGGUAAUCCAUCAAAAAUUCAGCUGACUUUAACUGAUUCAGCAAGCCUUCUUGAGCCAAUAUCGCAAAAAACGCGUGGUAAUAAACAAGAUCAAAAUCUAAGUGAAGUGGCCGUGAAUGAAUCCUCCCAGCCGUCAGUUGCUCAUCAGUCGCCUAGUGUUACGCAACUAUGUCCUCUUAUUUCCCCUGAAUUAGUUGGCUGGACGAACAUUUCCCUGGAGAAGAUAAACACCAUUCGAAACGAGGCUGAAAUGGAAUUGAUAGAAGCUGGACUCGAAGCUGGUGGAAGAUAUCAACCAAAAGAUUGCCAAUCACGACAUAAAGUCGCUAUCGUCGUGCCGUACCGAGACAGGAAAGAUCAUCUGACUGUUUUCUUACGUUACCUGCAUCCUUUCUUGCAGCGACAGCAACUCAACUAUGUCAUUAUCGUUGUUGAGCAAUCCAACAGUUCGUCGUUCAACAGAGGAAUGUUAAUGAAUAUCGGUUUUAAUGAAGCUCAGUUGCAAGAAGAAUUUCACUGUUUCAUCUUUCACGAUGUCGAUUUCCUACCGGAGGAUGACGGUAAUCCCUACACCUGUCCGCAAGAAGGAAAACCCAGGCAAAUGUCAUUCUCCAUAGAUUACUGGGACAAUUACAAACCGACACCUGCCAGCCAUUUCGGAGGAGUUACUGCUUUUUCUACAAAUGAUUUCCGAAAAAUCAAUGGCUUUUCCAAUUCUUUUUGGGGCUGGGGUGGCGAAGAUGAUCAGUUAUAUCAACGUGUACGGUUCAAUAAGCUAAUCGUGACUAGAGCUUACGAGGACCAGCCAUCGCUUGUCCGUCUCGUUCGAUACAAAACAUUGUCGCACAAAAAAGCUGAGCCUAAUCCAGAGCGGAAAUUAGUGCUGAAGGAAGGCUCGGUGCGAUUUCAAACAGACGGUCUAAACGAUCUUCGAUACAAUAGACUCAGUUUUGAAUUGAAACCCCUUUAUACUCACAUUAUUGUUGAUAUUCAACCGUAUGGUGGCCGUAAUAUGUCAAGCGUAUUGUAACUUGUAAGAAUCCCUGUAAAUCUUAAAAUUCGCUGUUUCAUUUGAAUGUUAUGGAAAUAUAAGCCGGUGAUUGUGUUCCUGAA